UGUCACUCCAUAGGCACUUCCAAGGAUGAGACAGAUGACCUUCGCCAGGAUCAGGGGCACGGGCCCUGGUAGGGUCACACACCUCUGGGUUUGCUCAGAGGGAUAGGACGGAUGAGAGGAUUGUGCGUCUAAAGCGGCUGUGCCCACACCCGUUGCAAGAUGAACUCCUUGACGUCCUCGUGUGCCAACCGCUUCUGUCUUGUCUGAGGAUUCGAACGCAUCCAAUUUGUCCCUUCCGACGGAUGGCAGCACGACUCGGGUAGCGCCACGCCCGUUGUAUCCGAGUCGCUGAUGCAGCCGAAGGACACGCGCCAGUUCCUCUACGUCCUCUCUCCCCUCUCCAUCCCCGACUUUCCCGUGACGCACGCCCCUGGGAGCAUCCUGCCCCUCGGUCGUCUGGACAUUUUCUGGCGCUCGGGCUUUGACGAGCCCGGCCGCCUCAUCACCUCCACCCUCUCGUGUCGCAUCCCCCUCCCUCCUGCUGCCCCCGCGCCUACCGCACAGUCGAUCGCGCCUCAUCCGCCCGCAGCUGCGGUCCCUCCCUAUUUGCAGCGCAAGGCCAGCGUAUCUGGUGGCGGGCUCACCCGAUCAGGCUCUCCACAGCUACCCAUCGGCGCGCGACCGGCCACGCCGCCCUUAGGACCCGUCCCUGCCCGCACAGGCUCACCAUUCCGCAACCGGCCGGCGAGUGUAGCCCCGAGCGCGCGGCCACAGUCUCCAAGCCUCGUCGGGGCAAACGUACCGGGUACCCCGGCGCUGGCGCCGCCUCCUCCUCCACCGCCUGAUUUCGACGUCGACCUCGUUGUGCGCACCCCGCCGCCGAACCCCACACCCGUCGAGGAGCCCAUCACCCUCGGCUUCACGCUCUCGGUAUCGGCGCCUUCGCCCCCUCGUUCUUCGACUGCUUCCUAAUCUCCUGCCGCGCACUCGGUUCCCACUCUGUAUUCCGACGGUGAUCUUGCUCAGCUCAACUAUUUUCUCUAUCGUCACCCUCCGUUUGCGCUACCCGAGCAUGCAGACCAACCGGGCUGGUCACCCCAGCUGACAGCACUCCCGCUCGGCAAGGGCUUGGAAUAUAUACUU